ACAACGAAAUAAAAAUAAUAAAAAAGCGGCAACAAAAGACAUUCGCGAACGCGCGCAUAGAGAAAUUUUAAAUGAGUUUCAUUUGAAUUCGUGAAUACCUGGCUCACCACUACCUGGGCUGAUCAUUAGCAUGCAAAGUGCUUGGCCCACUAGGCGCGUAUAACAAAAGCUAUCAGACGGUCAAAAUCGUAUUGUAACGUGGUUCGCAUACGCUACUCGCGGAACACGUGCGUUUCAUUUGGCUCAAUCGUUACAAGGCCCUGGUCAGACAGCGAUCGAUCAUAAUGAGCAAUUCCACGCCUCCUGGCCUGCUGCACAUGGAUAAGCCGUUUGUGGCUUUCUAUCAAUUCUGCCUGGACCUAAUUGUGUUUGGUUUGAAAUCGAUUUUCUAUAUAUUUGAAUCGCUUUAUUAUACAAUAUUGCCGCAGCGCUUUAGAAAGUUGAAGAAUGUAGCUGGACAGGUGGUGCUGAUAACAGGUGGUGGCGGUGGCGUGGGUCGUUUGAUAGCGCUCAACUUCGCCAGACUCGAAGCGCGCAUUGUCAUCUGGGACAUCAAUCAAGAAGCCAUCAAGACGACAGUUGAUUUGCUGGCCAAACAUGGCUUCAACAACUGCAAGGGCUACGUGGUGGACAUAUCGGAUCGAGAUCAGAUCUAUCAGCGUGCUGCACAGGUCAUCGAGGAUGUCGGCCCUGUUGACAUACUGAUCAACAAUGCGGGCAUCGUCUGCUGCAAGCCCUUCUGGGAGCUGCACGAUCGUGUCAUCCAGAAUACCUACAACAUCAACAUCAUCUCGCACUACUGGACGGUGAAGGCCUUCCUGCCACACAUGAUGCGUCACAAUCGUGGCCACAUUGUGACCGUUGGCUCUGUCACUGGCAUGCUGGGCACCUACGGCUGCAGCGACUAUGCGGCCACCAAAUACGCUUGCAUUGGCUUCCACGAGAGCCUGUUGACGGACCUCAAGGCGCACGGCUAUGAUCAGAUACAGAUGAGUCUCAUUUGCCCUUACUACAUCAACACAGGCAUGUUCUCGGGAGUCAAGCCACGCAUGAUGCCCAUGCUGGAGCCCCAGUACGUCGCGGAUCGUAUUCAGGGUGCAGUGCUCCAAAACGAGGUCUGGUGUGUGCUCCCCAAUUCAAUACGUUUGCUCACGCCGCUCAAAUGCCUAUUGCCCGCUAAGAUGUGUUGGGAGCUCAUGUCGCGUGUGAUACGCGGUCCGGAAUCCAUGAUGCUCUUCCAGGGUCGCGGCCGAGUGGCUGCAGGCUAACAACCGAGCCAACGAC